GAUUCGCUCUGGUUGUGCUUCGUUGUGGGAACCGCUGCCAAGCCAAGAGGGGUCGGCGCUGGGCGGCUGCCUGGUGCUCUGAGCGAAGCUCUCAGCUAUGAGUCAGUCGAUACUACAGUCCGCCCGCCAGAUGAUGAAAGCCAUGGUGGACUCGCCGGGGUUCGAUCGGGUAUUAAACAAGAUUACUGUUCUUUCUGCCAGCCCUAGGAAAAUUGUAUGUGAAAUGAAAGUUGAAGAAGAGCACACCAACCGAGGAGGAACUCUGCACGGAGGGUUGACAGCAACACUUGUGGAUGUUGUGUCAACAGCUGCUUUGCUACACAGUGAAAACCCAAUAGCUGGAGUCAGUGUGGAUAUGAACAUUACCUAUAUGUCAGCAGCCAAGAUUGGAGAUGAGAUCCUGAUCACUGCUGAGAUUCUGAAGCAAGGAAGAAGCUUGGCGUUUGCCAGUGUGGAUUUAACAAGCAAGGCAACUGGGAAAUUGAUAGCCCAAGGAAGGCAUACAAAAUUCCUGGGAUCCAAAUAGAAGGAUGUGAUCUCUUUAGAUAACAGAAUGGAGCUUUGAGAAGACGGUAUGAAAUAAUGUAACUCAUGCAAACAAAAUAGAGAAGAAACCACUGGGUAUGAAACAGUAAUGUCUAGAUCCUGUUUUUUUAUUCCAUUUUCUUAUUUUGUAUGUAUUUCAUUGUAAACUACUGCGGGGUCAUGAUGAUAUAGACGUAAUAAAUGAAGCUGUUCACACACACAAAUAUUUUUCUUACAGUCGACAUGAAUUUGAAUCUUGAAGCACUUCAGGAAAGAAGAAAAAUCAACAGAGGAAGGAUGAAAGCAUUCCCGUCUGGCCUGGAGACUCUCCUCAGCUGCUGAAAUGGGUGGACUUUUUAUGGGAGAGGGAGCUGCCAAUGGCUGUAAACUAUGCUCUUGUAAUUGCUUCUGGGGACAUUGUGUGCAUAUGCUUCUUCAUACAGAUUUUCUGUUCUGAAACCAGCGUUUAAGAGAUGCCAGAAACACCCUCCUCUAACUUGAAUUUUAUCAGUAGUAUUGAAUGUUGUGGGGUUAAUGGGUAUUUACAAGGGUGUUAAACUCUGCCCAGGAAUUGUGACGACAGGUGGUGGGUGUCUCAGUUAGAUAAACCUUAGACCCUGAGUAGGGCUUCUUGGGCUGUCCGUUCCUGAUACACAAUGGGCAAGGACUUGCCUCUUCAUAGGCUCAUUCAAAGAUGUAAGGGCUCACAGAUCAAGCUUGGCUCCAGAUUCUUCACAGAAUGGUCCCACUACCUACCUGCAGGUUCCUUUCCCUGUCUGUGUUGCUUUCUGAAGGGCUUCCAACAUCAUUGUAGCUUCCUUAUUGGUGCUCUGAUGUCACUUUGAGCCUGUUCAUAUUAUAUCCAGUGUUGCCAGAAGACCUGCGGAAAGGGUGCAUCACACAUUGAAUCUAAAGUAUGAAGUUCAGUGUGGAAAGAAAAAAAACUAAUUUUCAAUAAAACUUGGUGUUAUAGAAGCUUUUACUGUGCAUAAUUUACUUUUCAGAUGUGCUUUAUCCUUUUAAUAAAUAUGAAACAAUUUAAAAAUC